CCCUACUCCCUCCCUCAGUCCCUCUCCUAAGUCGCCCGCUCUCUCACUCACUCAGCCGUCCUCCGUCCGUCUUCCCUCCCUCUCUCCCAAGUCCUUCGCUUUCUCCGCCACUCAGCCGUCCUCCGUUUUCCACCAUUUCUGUUUGGUCGACAUAUUAGGGCUCAAAAUCUUCUGUUUGGUCGACAUAUUAGGGCUCAAGUCGACUUCUGUUGGGUCGAUAAAUUAGGGUUCCAUCGUCGACUUCUGUUCGGUUAAUGCUUGUUGGAUGAUUCGUUAUCAUUUCGAAUAUGCUUGGAAUUGCGCGCAGAAAAGUUGUUCGUGGUGGUGUCUCAGUGUUAGGUCACCAAAUUUGAAGGAAUUCAGGAGCAUCUGCAGCUCUUUUGGAUCUAAUGUUUAUGCGACAACUGGAAAAGAGAAUGUUGACAUCGGAGCUCGCGCGCGCCAUCUGUGCUCUCACCUUGUCCGGCGUCGCUGGAUCCGUAACUUACUCCUUAACAAUUUCCAAGUUCAGCUCGUUUUCUAUGUAACUCCUUCCGAAGCCCUACAAAAGUUCAAUUUUAAUCCUUCUCCUAUUAAGUUUCAAUUAGGUGGUUUGGUUCUUGAAGGUAGCGUUCAUCAGCCUGCUUCUUCGCCUGAAAUGGAGUUCGUCAUCACCGAUCUUAUGACCGAUAUUCUUGUUAGUUGCCGAAGUUCUUCCUGCUCUAGUGCAGCAGCAAUUCUUCCUGCUCUAGUGCAGCAGCAGUUCUUUCCUUGGAGAUUAUCAUCCUUCAACUCGCAUUGCUUUUCUCGAGUUUGUUAUGGUAACUACUGCACCUCUUCUCUUGCUGGUUUUUCCAGUAGCACAGGGAGGCAUAAUACUAACAUCUAUGAUGCAUGAGUGAUGAUGAAAGCACCGUUGUAUGAUUAUAUAUCUGCAUUUCUAACGAUUGUGUUAUAGUAGUGUGAGUCACCAUCAUUGCAUUUGUAAUGGGCUUAAAGUCUAUUAAUAUAUAGCACACUUGUGGGAAACAACCUAACUCAAAGUAUGAAUCUGAAUUCAUCAUUUUUAUUGUUAUCGCUAAACCUUUCAUCAGUUGCUGUCACUAUUGUUUCUGACUUCAUGAAGAAUGUUUGUUAUUAAUGUGAACUUGUAUAUGGUCUAGGAACUUAAAAAAGUAUAUAUAAUGUUUCUCAGACGCAAGAAAGUAAUCAUAGUUCUUUCUACCCAUCUCAAAGCUCCACCUCAAAUUUGGAGCUUUGAAGUUGGCAAGGGAACCAAGUGCAAAACCUGGAAUGCAGAGAAAGCAGAGGGACAACAAGCACAGAGACAACAGGAGAUAGGAAAGCAAAGUGAAGCAGGUUUUUACAUUGAUGGUGUUGGCCAAAAGCUACAAAGGGCCCUUGCACUGUUUAUAUAAUAAACUUCAGGCAUAGUAGAAAUGAAUAAUGGCACUACUCCCUUUUAUAAAGGUAAUAGAUAUACUAAAAUACAAGAUGAACAAAAGUUCUAGAAGAGUUUAUGAUUGGGAAAAUUCUAGAAAGAAACAGCUGACAGAACCAAAGCAUGUAAACAAAGAAAAGCUGCAUCUCUUUCUAAACUGUAUAAACCCCAAAAGAGGCAUAAAUAGGCCCAUAUUGUAAGUGCUCUCUAUAUAAACUAACAUAAUAUGCCGAAUGUGAACAAGCUUAUAUAUCUUCGCUUCCAUCAUUGAGA